AUGUUAUUUAAACCAACAAUUGAUGAGAAUAAAAUACCUCGUCACACUUUACAAGAUGAAAUGGAUAAUGUUAAACCUAAUCCAAUUCCAAAAAUAGAAAUUGAUGUCGAACUAGAUAAUAUUAAAAAUAUAUUGAUUUUGCCAUCUACUUUACAAAUCAUGGGUGAUACUAUGGGUAAAUUUGAAGUUGGUGAGAUAAGGGUUAUAUAUGAUAAUUUGAAAUUAGGAGUAGAUGAUGAAGAUGGUGAAUAUGAUGAAGAUGAACAAUUAUAUAAAUCUUUAAAAAAUGAGAAUUUCAAAAAUAAAUAUAAAGAUGAAACUAUACCAAUUUAUAAUUAUAAAGCUAAUUUGAUUAUAAUAAUUUCAAGAUUUGAUAAUAUCAUUACUUAUAAUGCAAUUGCAAAACAGUUGGUAUCUGUACUUAAAAAACUCAUUUACAACUGGUUUAUAUUGGCUCCUUGUUCAUUAAAUAAUAAUCAAUCAAUUAAUAAGUUAAUUAUCAAUAAAGAAUAUGUACAAACCAUAGAAAUACCAUUAUUGAAGCCACCUCAUGUUGUAACUGGUAUUGGAGGUGCUUUAUUAUCUGAAUUAAGUGACAAUGCGCAAAAUUUAACUAUUACUGGUUUGAUUUUAAAUUCUGAAGGUAAACCAGGUUAUGAGAAAAUUGAUACAGAUUCAAUAAUGGAUUCAGCAAAAGUUCUAAAUGAUAUUUUAAAAUUAUCUCCCUCUUUCCAACAUGAUUUAUCGAUUAAAAUUAGAAGAUUCAACACUUCAGCUCAUGGUGGUGGUAUAUAUAUUUAA